GAAGUCAUUGCCACACUUGUGUCUUCGAUCUCUGGAGUGGCCAUGAAGCUCAAUUCACGCGCCGUGCUGGCGCUCGCACUGGCGGUUGCUCUCGCGGCCAUGGCCACCGCGUCCGCAAGCAAGUAUCCGCCCCCGCACCGGAAGGCCCCGCCGCCAAAGAAGCCUGCUGGCCCGGCCGCCUACCGCCUCAUCUCCAUUACGAAGUGGAACGCCACCGCCAACAUCACCGACCUCCAGGCCGCCGAGGUGUCUGUGUCCCUGGCCUGCAAGGAAUUUUACGUGGCAGGAAUCACGGGCAGCAGCGAGGACCAGCGCAACAGCCCGCUGUGGGGCAGCCACAUCAAGGUGUACGACUUCCCCAGUGUCAUCGCCUACACCAACUACUCCCAGUGCGUGUCCAGGCAGCCUGGCCGCGCCUACUCUCAGCCGUUCGAGGUGUGGAAGAACCGCGCCUUCUUCCCCUACACUGAGUCCAUCGCUGACGCAACCAAGGGCACGCUGUGGAGCGCCUCCAUCCUCAACGUGACCGACCGCGCCGCCGCCGUGGGCAUCUUCAAGGACGUCAACAGCCAGGUCGCCAGCCUCCUGGCAGUGGCACAGGCCGCCGAGACGCUCAACGGCGUGGUCGCGGCCCAGCUGGACGUGUCGCACGUGCUGUCCACCAAGAAACCCCAGGGCCUGCUGGCACUGCAGGCGUACGCCAACGAGGCGGGCGCGGGAGGCCUGCCCCCUCUGGACACGCUGGUGCAGUUGGGCCCGCUGAUCAAGGUGGUGCGCCGCAUCGCCUUCGCGCCCAACCGCCUGGUGUAAGGAGCGAGAGGCGGUCAAGGGAUAGUCGUGGUGCAGUCAGCGCGCUGGCUGCCGUCUGCGUGGCUUGCCUACAUGCCGCGGCUCCUGGAUAGCGGGCCAGCGGGAUUGGAUGGGUUAGCAAGAUAAUAGUGUAGGCAGAUGGAGAGCCCCUCUGUAGGCAGUGGCGAUCCGUCGCCACAGGUGCGACCCUCACAGGUUCCACCGAGUGCCCAAUAGCACAGUGGCGUGGCGUCGUUGGCUCAGCCAGCAGUACAGUUCGGACCCAGAGUACACCUCCUAUCUAUGGAUACCGUAGAUAUGCAGGGCCUGCAUGUGCAACGCUCUCUCAGUAGUUUAAAGCAACAUGCGUAAACGUACUUACACUUGUACAUAUGCACAGUGCAUGCAGAUGCCGUGACUGUUUGCGGCCCGUGCUAGUGGCGGUGAUAUAGAUUCAAAGCUAGGUCCGCUUUGAGCCGGUACAUUAUUGUAACAUGAGUACUGGAUGCUGUUGUGGCUUAAUUCAGUGACACACCUGCUUUAUCCUGAGGCAGCAGAUGAGCCGAGGGAGAAGAUAGCAGGAAGAAGGACGUACAAUCCCAGCAAGACCACACGUACGGUCAGUUCGUUAACGUUACCGCAGCGGUUCUGGUUCAACUUGAGGCAUCAUGUCUGCUUUCGAUUCGUGUUCUUGACUGGCCUUCUCUGCCUGCUAGCGAUGACAACCUCUUCUGGCGUCUUCUGCCUACCUUUGCGUGCGCUGGAUGUGAUGAAUUACCCGUGCGUCAACCCGGGUUCACUUCAAUUUUGGGCACCGCACCACAAUCCUUGGCCUCGCUUAUUGUCGUGUCAGAUUCACCAUCCGGCAGUCCUACCACUGCCGUACAGCCCUUCCCGUGCGGGGGGCCUUGGGGGCGGAAAGGGGGUUUCCCCGACGCCAAACUCGUCCCCCCUGAGUCCCCCACGCUCCCAAUCCCUCCGUAUAUAUAGCAUUGACUCGCUGGAAGGGCAGUCCGUGCUCGCCUGAGGUCGAAAUGGGCUGGUCUUGGCAGCACUACGCAGUCCGAGUCUGGGUACGUGCCGGCACGGUCGAGCCAAAGUGCGCUGAAGUGGACCAUGACUGCUUCAAUGUACUAUAUUAAAUCAUUAUACCACUCUGGAGAGUAUCCCAGGUCAAAAUGUGCGGCUCUCAAAACCGGCAACAUGGCGACCGGCACGGGGUUCCUCAAGCAGCCAUUUCCUCAAUGCUUCAUUAUUGCUGUGUCUAAUGCUGACUAUAAAUAGGGGCUAGGACGUCUCUACAGGGGCUAACAGGAGCUCUUCACGUGCACAAAGUCGGCGCAUGUCGCUGCAUUUCGCAAUUUCAACGAGCGGGCGGGUAGCCCCAGGGUCCAUAAUAGCUGUCAGUAGCAUACAUAUGCCGUGCACAGGCAUUCGGGAUGGGUUGGGCUUUGGACGGUGCGGCGUGUCUGGGCAUGUACGCCCGCACGUACGCCCGGGGUAUUGAUACUGGGUUAGUUGGCAUGGCAAAGUAGUCGGCGUGCUGCUGAGCGGGUUUGGCUGCGCGUUCGAAUGGUUCAGGGAUAGUAGCCAGUUCCGAUAAUGCCAUGCCUGGUGAUCAUGAUCAGUAAU